AUGGACCUCACAAAGAUAUCUGAGUUUGACUCAACUUUUAAUCCUGCCAUGUUACCAGACUUUAUGCACAUUGAUUUAAAUUCACUUGUCCGUGAACUGGAAGAAACCCACAGGAAAAUACGAGAGCAGUUGCCGAGAGGACCAAUAUACUCCAUGAGAAGUGAGUUAAAGAGGCUGAAGAGUGUUUUGGCUCAAGACCCUUUAUCCAGCUGGUCCCCGAAAGAGAUAGCACAUGCAGGAUUCUUUUGUACAGGCCUGGAGAAGAGCUGUCAGUGCUUCUGCUGUGGACUAGUACUGUGCAAGCAAACUUUUAGCUUUACCCCAAUGGACCAGCACAAAAAAUUUAACCCCGACUGUGAAUUUGUUAGGGGCAAUGAUGUAGGGAAUAUUUCAAAAUAUGAAACCCGUGUGCAGCAUAACACAUAUCAAAGAGACCAUGGAGAAGAUAUGGAAGAUAUGCAAAACAGGUUACAGUCAUUCUCUGCCUGGCCUGUCUAUGCUUUACUAGAGCCCUCUGCUCUUUCACAAGCUGGGUUUUUCUUCACAGGUACAAGAGACACAGUGCAGUGCUUCUCCUGUGCAGGAUGUUUGGGAAACUGGGAGGAGAAUGACGAUCCAUGGAAAGAACAUGCAAAAUGGUUUCCAGAGUGUUCAUUUCUCCAGAGCCAAAAAUCCAAAGAUGAAACUGAGCAAUACAUAGCAAAUUACUGCGGAUUCGCUGGAUUGACGGUAAAUGGAAUCUAUAGAACGGGGGUGGAAACAACCCACAGACAUUCGCUGCUGACUGAAAAAGUAGACACAUUGAAAAAACAGCUAAUUGAAAAGUAUACUGACUCGACUUUCUUCAAUAUGUCCCCAUUCAGAGGUUCAUUAUCAAUAGAUCUGAGAUCACUCUUUGCUGAUAUCUCUGUUGUGUUAAAAGACACUAAAAAUCAGCCGUUGAGGAAACUCACAUUACCAGAUGUCCUAUCACUGCUGGGGGACAUCACUAUGAUAGAAGGAGAAGCUGGCAGUGGGAAGUCAGCUCUGCUCAGGAAGAUUGCCAUUCUCUGGGCUACGGGAAAUUGUCCUAUGCUCAACAGGUUCACCCAUGUGUUCUAUAUUGCCCUACCUUCCUUGGAGAGCCAACAGUCUCUAUGUGACAUCAUCUGCCAUCAACUGAUUGGAUCUAAUGCAAUGCUUACUGAAGUGUCUUUGGGGGAAAUUAUAAAACAACUAAAGGACAAAGUUUUGUUCCUCCUGGAUGACUAUGGUAUGAUGGACUCAAUACCUGAAGCAAUAGAAGUACUUAUACUGAAGAACCCUUGGAACAGAUUGAGUCUAGCAGUCACAGUAAGCACAGACAAGUCAUGGAAACUGCGACAGUAUGCAAAGACCAUACUGAGUCUCCAAACAUUUCCCUUAUACAGUACUAUUUACUUAGUGAAGAACAUAUUUUCACAUGACAAUGACAAAAUAGAUACAUUUCUUUUGCAAUUAGUAAAACCCCAAAACGUGCCAGCCAUUUUGCAAACACCUCUGAUUAUUCUUGCUCAGUGUUCCUCGUGGAUUGAAAAUUGUGAUUAUAAAUUUGAAGAUGUCCAUAUUUUUAAAACAUACUUGAAAUGCAUCAUGCUUAAAUUUCCUCAUGAGACAGAAGCAGUGAAGUCACAGCUUGUCUCUUGUGGUGAACUUGCACUCAAAGGUCUUUUUGAAUCAAAAUUUCAGUUCUCAGAUGAUGACUUAAAAGCCUCUGAGGUAGAGAGUGACAAAGCCAUCAAAUUUGGACUUUUGAGCAAGUUCACAGCACAAAGACUUCGAUCCAUCUAUAGGUUUUUUGAGCCAUCAUUCCAGGAGUUUCUUGCCGGAAAAAGACUUAGCGAGCUUUUAGAAUCGGAUAAACCAGACGAUCUCAGCAAGGGAUUCCAUUACCUCCAUCAAGUGAAUACUUUUCUGAAACUUCUAGGACGUUACAGCUAUUUCCUAAAAUAUGCCAGCAGGAUUUCCACAAAGGCGACUCUAAAGAUCCUAUCUUUCUUAUUCACGCUCUAUGACAACCCUGAGGCAUUGGACUGUGAUCUGGACAGCAGAGAACACCUGCAGAGACAUCCCGAGCUUCAACUGAUUGAAGAAAAUAUCAUUCUCCUGUUACGUAACCACAACCCUGUAGACGCUGUUUCAUUUCUCAUACUGGCAACAAUAGCAAUAGAGGCCGCAGAGGAAAGUCAAAGCCUUCCUGAUUGUGCUCCCUUAAUCAUGGAGUUUAUGGCUGGUAAAACUCUUGGAUUUUCAAUAACUAUCAUAAGCAACAAUUCUACAGAAAGCAUUCUCAGUUUUAUUGAGAAAUAUCCAAAUUGCAUUAGUUUGUUGAGCUGCAUUACAUUUGUUAUUGAUGCCACAGGCCAAGUUACACCACCAGAUUACACAAAGUUAGAAAAAUCUCUGGAAUUGUUAGGUGUUCCAACUGUAGAAAGUGAUUAUUCUUCUGCUUAUGUGUCAAUGAGCAAAAUGAAGGAAGAUAAUGAAAAGUCAAAAAAAGACUGUGAUCAAUACUAUUCUUUGUUCCCAGAGAAAAUUGUAAUAAGGGACUCCAUUGCUCGUCCAUUUAUGUCAAUUAAGGGCCACAAGGUGCCAGUUUUUAAACUGCAACUAAUUAACGUCAAUGGAAACAAUGCUUCUCAGCUAAACUGUGAGAACUUCAAAGUUCUUUUCUCGAUCUCUGAUCAGAUAGAACUCCAGCUGGAUGAAUGCAGAGAUUUUGUGUCACACAUCAGACCUGCAAUAGAGCAGUUCUCAGAUUCUUUCAGGAAGUUAGGUAUAUGUGACUCCUAUUUAACAGCCGAUGAACAAGAUCUCUUACUCAAGAUGUCAUCUUUGGAAUGCCUUGAGAUUGGAUGCAACCAUGGUGAAAACUACCCAGUGACAGUCUACCUCCUGGAAAACCCUGACGUAUUAGACCACUUGCCAGAGGAAUUUAACACACUGCACAAAGUGAAAAAACUUGCUUUUGGUUGCACAGGAUAUAGCACUGGAUCAGCUAAAUUUGCUGGAUUCAUCCAACGUUUUGCUGAUUUGGAGGUUCUGCACUUAUCGUUCAAAUAUUAUUCAGAUUUUAAUGGCAUAAUGAAGUCACUCUCAACAUGUACAAAGCUCAAGGAACUGAGCUUUUUUGGAUCGGUUCUCCUGGAACAUGACAUGGCUUUUCUAGUCCUUUGCAAAACUGUUGAAGGAUUCACUUUGCACGUGCACAUGCACAGAAGUUACAUCAUUGGGGCCCGGCUAAUCAAGCGACUGAAGGCUCAAAACCUGGUAGAAGACUGUGAGAGAGAUAAAAGCACUGGUGAGCGAGGAGCACAUUGGUGGAGCGGGUUGGUUCCUCAGAAGUUCAAUGUAUUUGUUUUCCUUCUUCUCUUAUCAGCAGAGGGAUUAAAGAAUUUUACAUCUUUAAAAGUGCUGAAUCUGGACCGGCACAUCAUUUUUGGAGCAGAUAUUUCUGAACACUUUGCCAUUGCUCUGGGCUCUCUCAUUCACCUGGAGAAGCUGUGGUUACCAGUGGGACGUGGAAUGGCUCAUGCUGCUAAACUAAUCAUUGAACAAUUCCAGAAGCUUCCUAACCUAAAGUUCCUUGUCAUGAAGGAGAUUCUAGAUGAUGACAGCAUUGCACUCUUAGGAACUGUAGCAAAGAAAGGCUGCUUGAGAAAGCUCUGCCAUCUUGCGCUUCAUUCCAGUUACAAUGUGUCGGAAUCUGGAUGGAGAACAUUUUUUGAAACAGCCGGAGACAUGCCAGAAUUAAGCCUCCUGAACGCGGCUAGAAUAAACAUGACUAUGAAGUGUCAUGCUACCACUGUCACUACCUUUGUACGCUUUGUGUCUAGACUACCUAGCCUGAUGACCAUAUGGAUGUUGGGGUGGCUUCUGGAUAAAGACGAUCUCAACAUGUUUAACAGCAUGAAAGAGAAGCACCCUCAGUCCAAGAGUUUAGAGGUUAUUUGGCAGAUGCCCUUUCCGUUUGCUCCAAACAUUCAAGAUUAG